GUCAAGGGUGCCAUGUAGUUACGUGAUAAGUUAACUGCGCAAAUGGAUCAUUAACACACAGUAAAUUUAAAAGAAGGCUUGAAUAAAUAGGUGUAAUGUGGGGUGAUCAUCAGUGACCAGGAUUAUUUUCUAGAUAUAUAAGCCACAAUGGAGGUAGCACAAAUGUAUCUAGUAAGAUUACAAGAACACAUCAAUGGCUUGUGUACCGGCAUGCCAGCUUGGGAGAUUAUUUUAAGGACAGCAGCUACCACAGUUCUCCUGGUGUGGGUAAAAGGCUUCCUUUUCAAAGAUGAAAGCUUGUAUGAACGGGGAAAGAAGGCGGUGUUUAGACUGGCACGGAGGUUACCACAAGUUAAAAACAUGCUUCAAAAGGAAAUUGACAAGAUGUCUGACGGUCUGACUCAUGACUUGAAUGAAGCCAUAGAGAACACCCCAUACCUGGUGCAGCUGCCAAAAGAGGGCUGGAGUACAGAAAAAAUUAUUGAGAAGGCCACAGAAUACACGAAGUUUGGAACCUUCAAGUGGGAGACAGGCUGUGCAUCAGGUACAGUGUACAAUGGCAACAAGGACCUCACAGAUGUAAUGACUCAAGUGUAUGGCUUGUCAGCGUGGACCAAUCCCCUGCAUCCAGACGUCUUCCCUGGAGUGAGAAAGAUGGAGGCAGAGGUUGUGCGCAUGUGUUGCAGUCUCUUCAAAGGUGACAGAGACACCUGUGGCUGUAUGACAACAGGUGGCACAGAGAGUAUUGUGAUGGCUGUGAAAGCUUACAGGGAUUAUGCCAUUAAUGUACGUGGCAUCAAGAAACCUGAGAUCCUUGUGCCUGUUUCAGCCCAUGCUGCUUUUGACAAGGCGGCUUAUCUACUAGCCAUCAGCAUCAAACAUGUCCCCCUGGAUCCAAAGUCCAUGAAAGUUGAUGUUCAUGCAAUGAAGAAGAUGAUUAACAGGAGAACUUGUAUGCUUGCAGUAUCAGCACCUCAGUUUCCUCAUGGUGUGAUAGACCCUGUAGAAGAGGUGGGAGCCCUUGGGGAGCAAUACAACAUCCCAGUCCAUGUUGAUGCCUGUCUAGGAGGCUUCCUCAUCCCCUUCAUGGAGGAGGCUGGCUACCCACUCCCUCCCUUUGACUUCCGUGUGAAGGGUGUUACAAGCAUAUCUGCUGACACUCACAAGUAUGGCUAUGCUCCAAAAGGUUCAUCAGUGAUCAUGUACCGGAACAGCAGUUGGCGGCAUCACCAGUUCUUUGUCACUCCAGACUGGCCUGGAGGCAUCUAUGCCACAGCCACCAUUGGGGGAUCCAGGUCAGGAGGCAUUGUGGCAGCAUGUUGGGCUGCACUGGUGUAUCACGGCCAUCAGGGUUAUGUUGAGUACACCACCAAGAUUAUACAGACGGCAAAGAAGAUAGAGGAAGGUUGUCGCAAGAUCCCUGGAAUCUUUGUGUAUGGCAAACCAGAUGUGUCAGUGGUUGCUCUUGGCUCCAAUGAGUUCAACAUUUACAUUCUUUCGGAUCGCAUGACCAAAAGAGGAUGGAAUCUAAAUGCUCUUCAGUUUCCAUCAAGCAUCCACCUGGCUGUGACAGUACUACACACUCAUCCUGGUGUGGCUGAUCGCUUCAUCUCAGAUGUGAAGGAAAUUUCUGAAGAUAUUAUCAAGAAUCCUCCAAAAGAUACUGGUGGAAGUGCUGCCAUGUAUGGCAUGGCCCAGAGUAUUCCUGACCGCAGCUUGGUUGGUGAGUUAGCAUGGUGUUAUUUGGAUGCUAUGUACUCCACCCAGCAGAAGUCCACCAAAGCUGACUAGUGCUCAUGGGGUGGCCACUGAACCAUCUUCAUAUCUCUGAAGUCCAUCCAUCUCUUGUUUUUGGACAACUUUUUCAAAUGAAGGCCUUUUAUGAAAUGACUCAAAGCUGUGAUGAUUGUAUAUGGCUAGUCAUAACUGGUAUUAAUUGCUGUUUAUGUGCUUAUGAAAGGAUUGCUGUGCACCUAAUCUGUUUGACUUGCAAAUUCAGGAAAUUCCAGUAUCUAAUUUUAAGAUUUUUCUUUAUUAACAAGAAAGUAAUAAUAUUUUUGUUCUAAGCUUCUGUCUUCACUUUGUGACACACUUUUAACUACCUAAUGACCACUGUAAAGACAAAUAAAAAAGGAUCCACAAUAUUCUUAACUUUAUCAUGCAUAUAAGUUGUACAAGUACUUUAUUAAUCAAUGGUCGCAAAAAAAUGUUUGGUACAUGUGUGUCUGCUUGUCGUGUUUUCACAGCAGUGAGACCAAAUAUUGGAAUAAAAUUACCACCAUUCAACAUGGAAUGGUCUGUAACCCAUAAUGAAAAUAACAAAUUAAAAGAUUCUGACUCAGUCAGAAGUUCUCACUAAAAACUGCUAUUCAAGAGGAUGUUGUACCAAUUUCCUUCCAAGCUGUGCCUUUCCUGCUAUACAUUUCCUGUAAGUAGCACAGUUUCUAAUACAGCAUGCUGUAUAUGUGUCUAGUAGUAACAAUGUAUACUCUGUAUUGGAAUCAUGAAGAGCAGGACCAAACUCUCUCUCUCUCUCUCUCUCUCUCUCUCUCUCUCUCUCUCUCUCUCUCUCUCUCUCUCUCAUAUUGGCUUCAGUUUCAUCAAAAGAGAUCAGAUACAACAGAUUUUUAUCUAGUGGUCUGAUGGGACCACAAUUAAUAGCUGCUAACAAUAUCUGAGUUAUGUGAUAUAUAAUAUUUGUAUGCAUGAUAAGAUUAAAUAAUAAUAUCUUUAGUAUUUCUUUAAUACUAACCAGUAAGAUGAUUGUCACAAAAGAGUUGAAAACAUGCCAUUCAUAUUUGAGAUGAAAGUAAACAAAAUUCUUUACGUUAUGAAAGAUUUAAAUAUUAAUGCACCUCUCCUAUUUUAUUCCAAAUCAAAACAUAGUGCCUACAAAUAUUAAGGGUCUUACAAUUCAUAGGAUGUAUUUAUUGUCUUAUUGUUUGUUUUCCUUUAAUAUUGGUUUCAUUUUGCAUAAAAAAAUUCUUAAAAACACCAUAUCAAUGCUGCAGCUUUACAGGCUCACCAUGAUUCUGGUUUCUCUGUCAUGUCUCAGGAGAGGAGCUUGUAUGACUUUUCCUCUUUAUCAUGGAAGCAGAGCUCAGGGUUUCUCACUAACGAGACCAAUGAUUUAGUCAUUUAUUUGGCUCAUAAUGUAGUAGUAACUGUGGUAGCAGUGAAAUGGCCACCCUACUUCAUAUGCCAAGGACCUGGAUGGGUGGCACCACCAGCCUUACACCAAUGCUCACUGUUGUGUAUGGCGCCCCUGUGAAAAUAGUAUUUGAACAAAGACUAUGGUUGUUUCUUAUUGACAAUUAAGUUGAUCACUUACUCUACAUAUAAGUUGUUUAAAGACAAUUAUAGAGGUGCAAUGUACUACUUGUUUAUGUUGCUAGCACAAAAACAAUGCUGUAUUGAGAACACCAAAUGUCUAGUCUCAGCAGCCACACCUGACUGCAUGUAUUUUUACACUUAAUGACCAUUUAAGCUGUUUUACAAGAGCAAAAGAUAGCUUAUUACUGUUGAACUAAUAUUGUCAGAAGGAAAAAUGUUUGCCUGUUAUUUCUCCUCACAUAAUUAUGCACUCUUAUUUGUGGCAAGUUCUGAAACAAUUUCAACUUACACCUUAUAAUCCUGUUUUCAUGAACAGUGAGAAAUGGAUGCAUUACUUGUCUUGCUAUGAAAAUUAAAUUGAAGGAAUUUGACAAAGUCA